AUGGAUGCCGAUUUCUAUCACACCGAUAUUGAUGAUUAUGAUGAUGACGACGAAGCUGGUAUAGUCAGCAUCUCCAACGACUGCCACAGUGAGGAAGAUGACGCCCUCACUGAUGAGGACAACGUUCUUUCAGCAGUGCACACGAAGAGAGCUGCUGUUGAAAAGGAUGAAUUAGCAGAGGAAUUUCUGCUGACUCGCGAAGCGGUUGUCCGCUUCGUUUAA